AUGAAGUUCAGCGUCCACACUCUCGUCCUCUUGGCUGGGGGAGCUGCCGCGGCAGCCACUCUUCCCAGGGAUUUAUCCUCGAAAUCACCAUCGGCUCUUGCAGAAACCACCAUAUUUACGCCUCCCUCGGACUAUAACAUUCCUCGUACACUGUACGCCCGCAACGAACAGCUCCCCAACGGCGAUCUCCUGGCGACAUGGGAGAAUUACUCUCCCGAGCCACCACUCGUGUACUUCCCCAUCUACCGCUCCAAAGAUCUGGGAAAGACAUGGUCGGAGGUUUCCAAGGUCCAGGAUACGGCCAACGGCCUUGGGCUGCGCUAUCAGCCCUUCUUGUACUAUCUCCCUGAGCGCGUAGGCUCGUUCAAGAAGGGUACGCUACUGUUGGCGGGCAAUAGUAUACCCACCGAUCUCUCGACGACACAGCUGGAUCUUUAUGCUUCGCAGGACGACGGGGCGAGUUGGAAGUUUGUGAGCCACAUUGCCUCUGGAGGGGAGGCACUUCCAAAUAACGGGCUGACGCCCGUCUGGGAGCCCUUUUUGUUUGCUCAUAAGGGCAAGUUGAUCUGCUACUACUCGGAUCAACGGGAUAAUGCCACCUACGGACAGAAACUCGUUCACCAAGUCUCGACGGAUCUGAAGUCGUGGGGACCCGUCGUUGAUGAUGUUGCGUACCCCACAUACACUGAUCGACCGGGGAUGCCUAUUGUGACCAAGCUUCCCAACGGGGAAUACAUCUACAUCUAUGAAUACGGCUCCUUCUUCAACACAUCCGACUACUCUUUCCCAAUCUACUACCGGCUUUCCUCCGACCCGGAAUCGUUCGCCGCCGCCGAACACCACAAAUUGGUCGUCUCCAGCGGCACUCAGCCAACUUCUUCGCCGUAUGUGGUGUGGACUCCAUAUGGUGGUCGACACGGAACUAUCAUUGCCAGCUCCGGGACCCAGGGUACUUUGUUCAUCAACAAGAAUCUAGGCCGGGGUGAGUGGACGGAGAUUCAAUCUCCAGAGCCGCACAGCUAUACCCGAUCCUUGCGAAUUCUCUCAGAAGGCAAGGGAAGGUAUUUGCUCGUGAACGGGGCUGGAGUCUUGAGUGGAUCUGCCAACAAGGUGACUGUGACGGUCAUGGAUUUGGAGAAGUAUCUAUAG